ACGAGUUAGUCCAUGACUUGAACCAGAAACUGUUUUACUCCAUUAGUAUAUACCAAUAACAAUAGCAAUGGAGUUGGGUUCUGUAUCUGCCGCUCACGGUUCCGUUGAGAGUGGGACAAUGGCAGGUGUCGGAAAAUGCAUCCUCGUCACCGGCCCUCCUGGUGUGGGUAAAACCACUCUGAUUAUGAGAAUAUGCGAGAAUCUGAAGCUCUCUAACCCCAACAUCAUGCUUCAGGGUUUCUACUCUCAAGAGAUUAGACAGGGCGGUGAGAGGGUUGGGUUUGAAGUGGUCACCUUGGAUGGUCGCAGAGCUCGCCUCGCCAGCUCCACUAUUUCCAGCCCGGAAUCUCGACAAUGGCCUGCUGUUGGGAAAUAUAAAGUGGAUAUUGCAUCGUUUGAAUCAUUGGUAUUGCCUGAAUUGAAGCAGAUCAGAGAAGAAACUGGUCUCUUCAUUGUUGAUGAAGUUGGUAAAAUGGAGUUGUUCAGUUCGUACUUCUUUCCAGCCAUUCUAAAUAUUCUUCAAUCCAAUAUUCCUCUUCUCGCCACUGCCCCCAUACCAAAAUUUGGCAAAGAUAUACCUGCAGUUGUAAGGUUGAAGAAUCAUCCAGGUGCAACCAUUUUUACUUUGGAUAAAAGCAACAGGGAUGCGAUGAAAGAUAGAAUCUACCCUCAGUUGGCAGGAAGAAGUAGAGAAGCAUACAAAAAUGGUGCCUGCAACUUUCUCAAGUAAUCUUGAAGCUUGCUUUCUGCCAUUUUAGCCUAAACUGGGUUCAUAGUUAUCCCAAAUAAGUAUGGAUUAGGCCAUGGAAACAAUCAAACUUAGGUGUGUCUGCUAGAUUCUGGUAUUGGGUCUUGAAAACUGGCGUUCAAGCCCAAGUCCAAGCACACAGGCGUUGGUCCACAAUUUCAUAAUAUAUACGUACAAGCUUCCCAACCCCAACAGCAUUUUUUUUUCGGAAA